UACACGUGCCCGUGUUUAACUCAAAUGGUAGAUGGCAUUGGUCACUCCUUUUGCGAGAAACUUAAUCCAGGUAACCAAGGCCGCGGCAGAGAUAGAGUGGCGAGAGAUGGGGGUUCUUCACCCUAACAACUUUCUCACUCUCACUUGCUCCACUUCCAGUCUGCUUGUUCCAUCCAAACCCCAUGUUACCGCCAAGCCUUCUCCAAUCUUUUCGCACAUACACAUUAACUUCCCUUCACCAGGGCGAAACGUAGAAUCGAGAAAAGAGCCCAGGAUUGGUUCUUGUAGGAUUAAGUGUUCAGCGGAAGUUGAUAAUGGCUCUGCAAAGGUGAAGGAAAGAAGCGUUUCGGUCAUUCUUUUAGCAGGAGGCAAAGGCAAAAGAAUGGGUGCAAGCAUGCCAAAGCAAUAUCUGCCACUUUUAGGACAACCAAUUGCAUUGUAUAGUUUAUAUACUUUCUCACGCAUGAUUGAAGUGAAAGAAAUUGUUGUGGUUUGUGAUCCAUCAUACAAUGACAUUUUUGAAGAAACCAAAGACAAAAUUAACGUAGACCUUAAAUUCACACUUCCUGGGAAGGAGAGACAGGAUUCUGUUUACAGUGGACUUCAGACAGUUGAUUCAAACUGUGAGCUUGUUUGCAUCCAUGAUUCUGCGAGACCCUUGGUAACAUCUGGAGAUGUAGAAAAGGUUCUUAAAGAUGGUUGGCUGAUUGGAGCAGCGGUACUUGGAGUUCCUGUCAAAGCCACAAUCAAAGAGGCAAAUAGUGAGUCUUAUGUGGUGAGGACUCUAGAGCGAAAAACACUAUGGGAAAUGCAGACCCCACAGGUGAUUAAGCCAGAGUUGCUGAGAAAAGGUUUCGAGCUUGUGAAGAGAGGUGGUCUUGAAGUGACGGAUGAUGUGUCAAUAGUGGAGCACCUUAAGCAUCCUGUGUAUAUAACUGAGGGAUCUUAUACCAACAUCAAGGUCACAACUCCUGAUGACUUGUUACUUGCGGAGAGAAUUCUGAAUAUGACCUCUAGUGAACUUCCUAAAUAAUGCUCUUGAACACUUCCUUAGGUUUCUCCCUGUCGGUGUUUCUGCUACAACAUAAUUUGGGUGCGUGUCAACAUUGUGAAUGGCCGUCCCAAACCCCAAAAAUUUUUACAUAUAGUAGCAAAAGCAACUAGACCUCUAAAAAGAGCUGGAGAAAUUGAUUGUCUAAGGUCAGGAGCAUGAGAAAUUUCUUGAUGUUCAACAUAACAAAAGUUGGUACUUCUAUUUCAGAAGCAUUUUAAUGUGUUCCUUGUUGCUGGGUUGCUGUGAAUAGGAGGAUUAUAUUGCUUGUUAAA